ACUGCAGCCCUGUGGGAGUGCUUCAACCAGCACAGUGAGAAUAUGCUGCAGUAAAGUGAAAAGAGCACGUGCUGAUGACAUCAGAGUACCAGGUCAGAUACCCGUGCAGUGUAACAGGCUCAUGCAGUCUGCUGGAGGAGUUUUAAGGAAAAGGAAGAAAUAAAAUACACUCUGCAGGAGAGAAGUUCAUUCUGUCAGUGCUAAUGGAAGAAAAGAUGAGGAUGAUGGUGAUAACUGGUUGGAUGCUUAUGAUUCUCCUGCACUGCAUGCCGUUUCAUGCCUCUCUGAUCACUGGAGACGACAAAGAGCAGAAGCUGCAAAUUCGCUGCCUACCUACAGAAAGCCACGAGCCUGUGUUUGUGCCGUGCCCACUUGGGAUUGCUCAGGAGGCUGUGUUUCAUGUUUUUAUGGAUGGCACCGUGGUUCACACCCAGCAUGCAUACAUACAGCAGUGCAACUCACUGAACCGCAGCUCAGAUCUGUGCAAAAAUGAUGAGGACGACUAUAUACGUUUCAACCUUAGUGGGGACUUGUUCAAAAUUGAAGUAAUGUAUACAUGUAAUGCCACAAUCAAAUACCCUCCUCCUUACACCACAAUUCAAAGUGACAGGAAGGUCCUCUUUCUGAAAGGGGAUCAUCACCUGUGCAAUAAAACUAAUAGGAAUAGCGAAGAAGAAUCGGGAGAAAACCAAAGAUUCCUGUUGAUCUGGAUUGUGGUGGUUGCACUUCUCGGCACCUAUAGUCUGGCAGUCACCAUCACUGCAUCAGUCUUUUGGGUGAAGCUGAGGUGGACAGAUUCCCAGAACGACUACAUGAACGCCAAACCCGUCACGGCCCGAAAGCAAAAGAAGAAAAAAUGGGUUCAGAAUCCCAUACCGAGAUACUGUUGAUCCGCUUCUCUGAAUAUGUUUUUUGAGUUGGACCCAUAACACUGUCUUUGCUGUAGCUUCUUCUAAGUAGAACAAUAUAAGAUAUUUGACUUCUUAUUGUAUUUUAUCGUAGAACUUGUCAACAAUGCAAAAGGCAUUGUUCCUAUAAGAGUACAGUGUAUUAUGAAACAAAGGUUUCUUUUUGCUCUCAUUUCCUGUUUCAGAGGCUCAUUGUUUCUGUCACACACUCUACCAUUAUAGGGAAACCCCUUGUUGUUGUGGUCGAAACAGAAGGUGGUGUCUAAACGAGGGGAUUCAACCACAUUCAAAGGCUUCUCUGAGGGUAUAAAUCACUGCCCUAUCCAGUACUUCAAUGACCACAGCUUUAAAAAACUAAAAACAUCAGCCGCUUCAAGCCUCAAACCUUGUUAUAUCCUGCAAAUAAGACAUAAUUCUCACACAAGCUUGCAGGCCCUCAUUUCUGAGAAGACAGACACAAUUUAAUAUCACUGGAGGUGAUGACAAGCAGAUAUACGAGCAGCAGAGAUUCUGAAUAACAAGCUGCACCGUUUCCUGUCUUCCUCCCUCUAUUUUGUUCCUUCUUGGUGCUUUCUGCAGAUGUUGCCGCUUCAAAAGGCACUCCACCUUUUACGUUGCUCACCUUGCAAGUUUCUGUGCAGUGACAGCUCACCCUGGUCGUAUUGGUUUCCUUCAGUAGCAUGUUUUUUUUUUCUUUCUACCACAAGCCUUGGCAAGAUGAACAUGUCUUCAUAACACGUCGUUCCUCUUCGGGGUUUUAAACUAAAACAUGAAACGUUUUUCUGUCACUCCUUCAUGCACAUUCUUCAUACGGGUGUAAUGAGGACAGCUAAAUGCGUUCCCAAGACAAAACUUAGCUCAUAAAUGGGGAUAUAAAUAAUGUUGAAGAAUCUUGUAACCUGUCAAUGUCUUUAUUUGUACAUUUGAUCAUUCUUUUCUUAAAUUACAAACUUGAACCAUGUCUGGAUGUCUGUUUCCGUUUAAUAACAGCGGUCUCUGGUAUCCCAGGUGUUAAGUUUUCAUAUCUGCUUCUGAUAUGUGUUCUUGUUGGCAGAAAAUCAGUUUUUUGAGGAUAUUUGUCCUUUCUUCCUGAGAUCCAGACUGUAGAUUCUGCUCCGUUACCUGGAGGGCAGAAUUAGCAUAAAGCAAACAUUUAUAUCACUUCAAUUGUGACACAGAAUAUUGUAGCAAGAACAAUGUAAUCACUCAACUUGAAACGUCUAGAAGUAAGUGUGUGUACGUAGGUUUUGAAGAUUAUAAAACCAAAGUGUAUGAUUUCCUGUAAUUUCGUUGUUAUGAAAUAUGAACAAUGACAAUAAAGAAUCUUGAAUCUUUCCUGUUAU